UGGCGGUGCUUGUGUUUGACAGGAGGGGUGUUCUCACUCACUCUCUGCCCAGCACAGCACUACUUCACGGCUUCCACUCCGCCGUCCUGCCGCCCCCAUUCGAAGUUUGCUUUGCUUGCCGCCUGUCGUUGGGAUCGUACGCGGCUGCGGUGCUGCAACCACGACGAGCCGAAAAACAACUGGAGCGUCGAGAGAAGAAAGGCAGGCAGUUAGCGCACAAGAGGCACGAUGUCCGCCCCCACAAACCCAGAGGUGAAGGAACUGAACCCUGUCGACUUCAUCCAGCUACAGCAGUACAUUGAUUACUGCAGCUUGAAGGUGAAAGAUGUGCUGAGGGAAUUUGAUAAAGAUGGCAGGCUGGCCCGGCACAGACAUGGAGAGUGCAUCAAUGAAGAAGGCUUCCGUCAUUUCCUUAAGGCUUAUUUAGAAGUGGAGGAUUUCCCUUCAGAUCUCUGCCAGCGACUUUUCCGCUCUUUCCAAAACUCCAAACCCACCCAGGAAGAAAGCACCAAGGAGGUCUUCCUCAAGGAUGUUUCGUGCUACUUCUCUCUCCUGGAGGACGGCCAGCCCAUGGACAAACUAGAAUUUGCUUUCAGGCUCUAUGACAGAGAUGGUAAUGGAGUCCUCGACAGCUCUGAAGUGGAUCGGAUUAUUGCUCAGAUGAUGCACGCUGCAGAGUAUUUGGACUGGGACGUGUCUGAACUGGAGCCUGUUCUGAAGGACAUGAUGACAGCGAUUGAUGCUGACAGGAGUGGUACAGUGUCUCUGAAAGAAUGGGUGGAAGGAGGCAUGAACAAUGUUCCCCUGCUGGUCCUGCUGGGUCUCAAGAUGACCCAAAAGGACGGGCAGCACCUCUGGAGGAUGAAGAAUUUUAACAAGCCUGUUUACUGCAACGUGUGUCAGAGCAUGCUGCUGGGCAUCAGGAAACAAGGGUUGUGCUGCACCUGUUGCAAAUACACAGUCCACGGACGCUGUGCUAACAAGAACCCAGCUCCUUGCACCAAGACGUAUGUGAAGUCAAAGAAAGAAACCGGGGUUCCAACGCAUGACUGGGUGAGUGGGAACUGCGAUUCAAGGAAGUGUGAUCGAUGCCAAAAGAAGAUCAAGAGCUUCCAAGGCUUAACGGGCAAACACUGUGUGUGGUGCCACAUAAUGUGUCAUGAUGACUGUGCACACCAGGAGCCAGCAGAGUGUACCUGUGGGCCGCUCCGAGACCACAUCCUGCCGCCAUGGGCGAUAUAUCCUGUUAUAAUGGAGAGAUCAAACAAUGUGAAGAAUGGCGGCCCCAGCGUAACAGAUGACUGCAACCUCAAUAUCACCCCUGAUGGACAGGUGCUUCAGAUCAACCCGGUGCCAAACACCCAUCCUCUGCUGGUGUUUGUCAACCCUAAAAGUGGAGGCAAGCAGGGAGAAAGGAUUCUGCGUAAGUUUCAGUAUUUACUGAAUCCGAGGCAGGUGUACAACCUUUCAAAUGGUGGACCUGGACCAGGGCUGAGUUUCUUCAGAAACCUGGAGAACUACAGAAUCUUAGUGUGUGGAGGAGACGGCACCGUUGGCUGGAUUCUGGAUGCAAUAGACAAAACCACUCUUCAGGUACGACCGCCUGUUGCUGUCCUCCCACUAGGCACAGGAAACGACCUUGCUCGAUGUCUGCGUUGGGGCGGAGGGUAUGACGGUGAAGAUCUGACUCGUAUUCUUCAUUUCAUUGAGGGCAGCUCUCAGGUGCUGAUGGAUCGCUGGAGCGUGCAGGUCAUACCCGAUGAGAUUCAGGAGAAGGGAGACCCCGUGCCAUAUGAAAUCAUCAACAACUACUUCUCAAUUGGAGUCGAUGCCUCUAUUGCUCACCGGUUUCACACAAUGAGAGAGAAACAUCCCCAGAAAUUUAACAGCAGGAUGAAAAACAAGCUGUGGUAUUUUGAAUUUGCUACUUCAGAAACCAUCUCUGCUUCCUGCAAGAAACUGAGCGAAAGCUUAACAAUAGAGUGCUGUGGUACUCCUCUGGACCUCAGUAGCCUGUCUCUGGAGGGGAUUGCAGUUCUUAACAUUCCCAGCAUGCACGGUGGCUCCAACCUUUGGGGUGAGACCAAAAAAGUGGACACCAAGGGGCUAACAGGUCAGGAAGAGCCUGAGGUGAUCAUCAACCCAGAUGUCCUGAAAGUGACCUCCCAAGAUCUGAGUGAUCGUCGACUGGAGGUGGUCGGCCUCGAAGGAGCCAUGGAAAUGGGACAGAUCUACACCGGCCUCAAGAGCGCGGUGCGGCUGGCCAAAACGUCGCAGAUCACCAUCAGGACAAAGAAAGCGUUACCAAUGCAGAUAGACGGAGAGCCGUGGAUGCAGCCCCCCUGCACGAUUCACAUCACACACAAGAACCAAGCCUGCAUGCUAAUGGCUCCACCAUCCAAAUCAAGUUUCUUCAAAUAAUACCUGCUAACCGAAUGAAUGUGUUUACUGUUAAAGAGUGACAGACUUUUAAGUUAUGGACUUGCUGUGCAAUGUAGAUCAUUCACAUUGUAACUAAGGGCGCAUAAGCACAUUUCAGCAUGAAUACAAACUUAACGGUAGGACACGUUUCCAUUGUGGCCAAAAUGUUUUUUGACCAAACUGUUGUCAGUGUUUUAUGAAUGUUAACCACUGUUGCUGUCCCAAAACUUGACAGGAAGUGCUGCUCUUUAGGUUAGAGUAAAGUGAAUAUUAUUCUACAAGACAAACAUCUGGCUUCACGUGCCUUUAUAAUCCACACUCUGUGUUACCAUGUAGUAUUGUUGUUUUGUUGAGGCUGUAAAUAUGCCCCAAAGCCAAACAGGUGUUCCGGUUUCUUCAGAAACAAAAUUGAAGGAAAGGAACAGACUGAUGGUAAAUGUGUUAGACUUUUUUACUAAUUUUAAAAGAAAUGUGAGUGUUGAGAGGAACAGGAAAGAAAAGCUUGAGCAGUCAGUCUUCUUCUUUGGACCAAAUUUAGGAAAAUGUGUUUGAGAGCUGAGAGAUACUCUCCUAAGACCACAAAGUCAUUACAUGUUAUCUAAGAUUUGACAUAUUGGCUCAGAAUAUUUAUUCUAAUUUAUGCAGUCUUAAUUUAAUGCUUUUCAGUCAUAUCAUUUCAAUAUAUAUUUAAGGUGUAAAUGUAACAUUUCUGAAAUAACUCCAUGUAAAGAUUUUAAUAAAUUGUCUGGACUGAA